CGAAGCAAAAGUGUUUGAUCGAUUAGACUUAGAUGAAGAGACAUAUUUGAGGAAUAAAUAGGAGCACCAGUUUGCGAAGAAUACUUUUCGAUAAAAGAGACUAAUGAAAAUAGAAAUGAAAUGAGAUCAAGACACUUUUUCAGAAAUGGAAACCUAACGGAAGAACCAAAUUUGCCGUCAUAAUGGAACCAUUACUUACGAGUAAAGUUCUCCGAGCUCCCAAUUUAAAAAGAGGUCAAGAAAAUAUUAGGAUACAAGACAGAAUUAAGCUAGAACGUGUACUGGGUGUAACUGUUUCCAGCAAUGCAGCUCUCGAUUGUGAUGUAACCAGCGAAUUGGUUGCUUAUCCAGCUGGUUGCACUGUCGUACUAUUUAAUCCACGACGAAACAGUCAAGCACACGUAUUAAAUGUUUGCCGGAAGACUGUGACAUCCCUGGCGCUGGCCGGAGACGGUAAAUUCUUGGUCACUGGCGAAUGCGGUCAUAUGCCGAAUGUUCGUGUCUGGGAUAUUUCUGAUCCACAAAAUGCUGUGCAGAUCGCGGAAUUUCCGGGACACAAAUAUGGCAUCAACUGCGUAGCAUUCUCACCCAAUAUUAAAUACGUUGUAUCAGUCGGUUCGCAGCACGAUAUGAUUGUCAACGUUUGGGACUGGCGAAGUGAUGUUAAAAUAGCAUCCAAUAAAGUUUCGAGCAAGGUGAAAGCUGUCUGCUUCGCAGAAAAUGGCAAUUAUUUUGUUACUGUGGGUAAUAGGCACGUUAAGUUUUGGUACUUGGAACAUUCACGUAGCACCAAGUAUAAAGAACCCGUGCCUUUAAUGGGUCGAUCUGCUAUAUUAGGAGAACAGAGGAACAAUGAUUUUGUUGAUGUAGCCUGCGGUAGAGGAGAAAUGACGGAUUCUACAUAUGCAAUAACCAAAACAGGCUUGCUGUGCGAAUUUAAUAUUAGAAGACUUUUGGACAAAUGGGUUGAGCUUCGAACAAGUAGUGCCAAUUGUAUGGCGAUUGGAGAUAAAUAUAUUUUUAUUGGAUGCGCUGAAGGUAUUGUAAGAUGCUUUAGUCCUAGCACACUUCAAUUUAUUACUACACUACCGAGAACACAUUACUUGGGAGUUGAUGUCGCACAAGGAUUAUCCAUCAGCCAUAUGUCUCAACACCCAUCUAACGCAAAAUAUCCGGACGCGAUUGCGUUGGCAUUUGAUGAGCGAAAUAACAAACUAACUUGCGUAUAUAACGAUCACAGCAUCUACAUUUGGGAUGUGAGAGACAUCAAACGGGUUGGCAAAUCGCACUCAUUUCUAUAUCAUUCAGCUUGCAUCUGGGGUGUUGAGAUGUAUCCGGUUGAUACAGAUUCCAUCAAUGCAAUGCCACCUGGAAGUUUCAUUACUUGCUCCAGUGACGAUACAAUAAGAGUCUGGAAUCUAGAGAAGGACAUUCACAAUGAUACCUUAUACAAACGGAAUAUUUACAGCAACGAAUUGCUCAAGGUGUUGUACAUAGAUUCAGAAUUGAUUUAUCUAAAGGAUCUGGACUUGGCUGCUGCAGGAUCCACUGAAAGAAGCGAUACAUCUUACGACAGUCGCAACGGUGUGAGAUCAAUAAGAGUCGCUCCUGAUGGCAAGCAUCUCGCUUCUGGCGAUAGAUCCGGCAACAUCAGAAUUUACGAUAUUUCUUCGUUAAAAGAGCUAUGUCUAAUAGAAGCACAUGAUGCCGAGGUGCUAUGUCUAGAAUAUUCCAAGUUCUCACGACAUUCACUAAACACUCCUAGGCUAUUAGCAAGCGCAUCUCGCGAUAGAUUGAUUCAUGUUUUUAGUGUUGAUCAGGGAUAUAAUUUUCUGCAGACGCUUGAUGAUCAUAGUUCUUCUAUUACUGCGGUCAGGUUUUUUAAUCAAUUGAGUCAGAGUAAUCAAAUACAGAUGGUAUCUUGCGGCGCAGAUAAAAGUAUAAUUUUUAGACAAUUGCAAUCGACACCAGGUGGAAUGCCGCAAUUUGCUAGAGGCCGCAACGCUCAGGGAAAAACUACUUUAUAUGACAUGGAAAUCGAUUCCGGACAGAAACAUGUGCUAACCGCCUGUCAAGAUAGGAAUAUUCGCGUUUACAAUGUUACUACGGGUAAACACAGCAAGACGUUUAAAGGUUCCGUUAGUGAUGAUGGUUCAUUGAUUAAAAUUGUUCUAGAUACGUCCGGUAUUUAUGUAGCUACCUCAUGUACAGACAAAACGUUAUGUGUGUACGAUUAUUAUAGCGGUGAAUGUAUGGCUACUAUGGUUGGUCACUCAGAAUUGGUAACAGGUUUACGCUUUAGUCCAGAUUGUCGUCAUCUUGUGUCUGCAAGCGGCGAUGGCUGUGUAUUCGUAUGGCGUGUUCCACACGAUAUGGUCGUGACUAUGCAGGCUCGUCUAGCCCAGCAAGCAAUGCGUGCCGGCAAAAGACCACUCCAAGUUAACGGUGGUGGAAUCGACGUGCGGUUAGAUAAUGAAAUCUUCGGUUCACCUCCAUCAGACUUUCUCGAUCCUAAUGCGAAUCCGACGCUCCAGAGUGUAGAUUAUAGAUUUAGCGUUGGUCAGCUGCCAUUAUGGGCGAAGAAGCAAAUGAAUACUGCGAGUAUUGAUGAUAGUGCAACACUGAGCUCAAGUGUCAGAUCUCUCGGUGUGGAUCUGCCAAAGGGACGAUGGGCGCAAAGAGUUCAACAAGGCGAUGGUAUCACAGUAAAAUCUGUCUAUGACAGUGAUGAAGUUAUACCAUUUCCUCCGUCGCGCAGUGCCAUUGAUUCGGAUGGUGGUGAUGGUGGCUCGAAGGACAGCUCCAUUGAUAGCGGUACAGAGACGAAAUGUAGCAGCGAUUAUCGUCGAGAAACAUUAAUUAAUAAAAGGGAAGAAGAAGAGAAUGUAUUUCAACCAUGUCCUAAAAGUUAUAGAGAGAUAGAAAAUGAAACGAAGCAGGUAAUUGGCGAUAAAGUGAUAAUAAGAAGUAAUAAUAUUACGGAAUUGACACGUCAAUCGAGGAGUCGUCAUCACACUGACGAUAGCAGUCUUGGCAGCUUUAAAUUUGAGGAUCAUGAAAGCACUGAACAUGAUGGGGAUGUUGAAGAUUAUUCCGAAGGGGAAAAUGGAACGACUGGUUCUGAAAAGUCACAUCAUAAAUUAAUGUAUUAUCCCCCACCAGAAGAUAUUGUGUCAAAUCAAUUUACUGUUAAUGCGAUGGAUGUUGAAGAGCUCCGAAGAUCACAAAGGCGUCAAAGAAAAUUGAAAAACACAGAGAAUGGUCGGAUUAGCGAAAUAACUGCAUCUGGCAGUCAGGACGAAUCUGAUUCAGAAGGCGGAGCAUCAACUCCUAGCGCCGAGAGAAAUCCGUUAUCUAUGCUAUCCGAAGCUAGCUCAGAGGGUUUUGAUCAGCUUGCUAAACAAAAUCAUAGAGAAAAAUAUCUGAAAAAUGCCUUCGAAUCGCUUAGUGGUGCGGAGGAGCCAUCAAAUCGUGUAAAAGCAACAAGUAUUAGCUCUCAGUUUCAUGGAAGAUUUAGUAGUGAAAAUAAUACCACUACCAAAAUACGUAAUACAGCAGUAAUUAACGUAAUAAAACAUACAAAAGGUGAUGAUGAUGUUGUGAAGAAACGGGAGGAGUUGCAGAGAAGGAUAGAAGAAACCAGAAGAAAAUUACAAAGUGUUGGUUAUAGAUCAUUACUGAAAUCCAGUCAAAGCAUAUCCGAUUUAAGCAGUCAUAUACAGGAAAAGCAUCGUCGUUCAAAUAGGCUCAGCACAGUUGGCAGUAGUGAGGGGCGAAUCUCGUUAAAAAUUAUUGACAACGAAGAAGAAAGUGGCAUGAGACGUGCCUGCUCGUUGAGUGAUCUUUCCAUCAGUCCUUCAAAUAGGUUAUUGCAUGGCCCUUUACAAGUUUCAGGAAAAUUAGGAAAUAAAAAUGUAAGCGGAGCAGUGAAAUUGGGAAGUGUCAAUCCUAGCAAUCAAUUCAGAUAUAUGUCAGGGAAAAAUCAUUCAACUCAUAUAACGAGAAGCAGCAGUGUUGGUGUUUUAAAUCAAAGUGACUCUGAAUCAGACGCUGGUAUAACAGGGGGAAGUAGAGGCUGGGGCGGUCACUCCAACAACAAAACAAGUGGUUUGAUGAGACCAACGAUUAGUUCUCAAAAUAAAAUCAAUCAUCAAAAUAAAUUGACUUCUUCUGGUAACAAUAUUUCAUCAAUCUUGAGAAGACGAGGAAUGCAAGGAGCUUUCUCAAUUGUUAAUCUAAGUCAAACAGGAAAUCAAGAAGAUUCGAGUUCAGAGGAUACUUCAUCGAAUGGAAAUGGAGGAAAACCGACACUACCACCAAGACCUAGAAGUAUCAGUAUUGAUCAUUCCUCUGCUAGCUUAAGUCUACCUGGUACAACAGUAAGAAGAUCUGGAUCAGCAAUCAUCACGAAUGGCCGGAGUGGUGCUAGCGCAAUUGGACAAGACGGAAGUAGGAUAUCUGCGGCAAGUAAAAAUCAAUUGGAGCCUAGUCCACACGAAUUACCAGUUAAAGAUACCGAUCGUGCUAUCGACGUAACUAGUGUUAAAUUGUCCACACAACUAUGCAAUACGAUUGCAGAUGAGCUUACACGCACUGCGGACAAUGUCGUGCAAUUGUACAAACGUUUGACGAUAGACAAUGACUCAUCUACAGCGAUCGACCGAGAUACAAUGCUACGAGGAUUGGAAUUAUCCGUUAAUGAAACUAUGCGUACUCUACGACUGAUUGUUGCUGCUGGUGAGAAUGACAAUCAUGGAAGUGGUGAGAACGCUAUCACUAAUGAAGCGACAGCAAAGUUUCAAGAAUUACUCGCGGGUCAGGAUCAGAGCAAGGUAGUCAAUAUGAUGCAGCAAUAUUCCGAACUGCUCUUAACUAUGAUGCAACAGAAGAUGGGUGGGACUCAAUCAAAUCACACAUAAAUUAAUCCGUCCAUCUAAAUUGAAAAAAAUAAAUAUGAAUGCCAUCUUAUUUAAUGAUAUAUUC